AUGCCUUCAGUAUUCCCAUACUUGCAAGACAAACUCCUAGAUGAAUGCCGCAUCUUCAAAACCAACUUGGAUGUCCAAGUCCAUAUCCUACAGUGUGAUCCAGAUGAUCGAGGAAAGAAGCGUAUCAAGGAUGUCUCUCGGGCAGUAGUAGAACUGUCAGUUCAAACGGAUCGGAUUAUAAACAUCGCCCUCGAUAUGGUUGCUGGGGCUCCUGACAGCGAGAUAAUCCGUCGCAAUACCGCCUUUUGGUCCCGUGGACUUGAUGGCCAUUACAAAUUCGAGGAUGUUUUUCUUGCCAUAGAGCACGACUUGGUCAACAUAAUGUUGGCCCUUAAAAACGGCCCAUGUGAUUGUUACUGUGCUGACAUUGCUGGGUGUCUUGAUGGAAUGGCAAGGAAGGUUUCGUUUCAUUUGAAUGUCUAG